AUGAAAACUCAAGUAAAUACCCUUAACUCUUUACCAGAUGAAGUCCUUCUCAAUAUUUGUGAGUUUCUCAACCAGAUUGAUGUUCUACCAUUUAUAUUAAUCAACCGAAAAUGUAAAGAUGUAGGAAUGAAAAAAUUAUAUCGGUGCAUAUAUUGCAAUAAUGGUGAGCCUAUAGUGAUAUCUUCCAAGUUUUAUUCCGACUUUUACUGCAGCUUCACAAUUAUGAACAACAUAGAGACUUGGUCAAAAAUAGGAAAAAAUUUAGAGUUGACUGAACUGGUUACUUUCUUUACAGAUGGCCAUGAUCCUUUAGUUCAAUGGAUUAAGGGAUAUAAUCCUUCGGUUAGAAUCAUUGCUGAGAAAGCACCACUUCUGGAUCUGCAUGAGGAAUUGAACAAAUGCAAAGAGCUCUACAUUUUCCGUGAUAUAGUUGAUGUUCCUGUGCACAACCAUUCCAUUAAAAAAUUGGUGUUUGAUUUCUCAUACAAGCGCUAUGUCAACUUGAAGAUAGUUCCUCAUUUACUUAACUUGGAAUCAUUAGAAAUACGUCAUGGGAACUCGAUCGUUUUUGAUCAAUUCAGAGAUAACGGUUUGUCUAAUUUAAAAAUCAGGAAAUUGUCGUUGGAGUUGGGGUUUCGAUACAGAGACACACUUGAGAAGGAGAUGACUGACACUUUCCAAGUGAACCAAAUAACUUCAUUAGAACUCAAAUUUAAUUUCUUUGAUAAGAAAACAUACCUCUAUGAGUCUGAAUUAACAAAGUUGGCACCUCAAUUAACCAACAUUAGACAUUUUUCAAUCAUUGUUCAAAAAUUUCCAAUCGAUAAAGUCAUUGAGAAGUUCAAUCCUAAUACCCUUGAGAGUUUAUAUAUUGUGCUUGACCCAUGUACCAGGCUGUAUGUAAUACCUCAAUUCCAUGAUAUUCUUCAAAGUCAAGAAGACUCAAUAACUAGAUUCUACUUUAAUACUAGUUCAUUUGAAUCUGCUCUCAGACAUUCUGGGUUGCAAGAAUUUGAAAGAAUAUACGAUGCAACGCAAAUUAACACUCCACGAUCACAACACAACAAUAUAGACGAUACUAAUAAGUUUUUUGAGAGGCUGCAUGAUCAGAUAAUUAGGGAUUUACUAGAAGAAGGUAGCUGUUUCAUUAACAUGAAACAUAUCGUACUUUAUGAGAAACAUUUCUUAAUUAAACGGAAAGAAUUAGCUGAUAUUGAGGUGGAAGCUUUAAACUAAAGACAAGUAGUGUACAGUUGGAAAUCUCUUAAUCUAUAAUAUUUCGCUAGUUUACUAUAAACAAAUACAAACAGAGAAUUAAGCUUAAAGGACAACCUUUUCGGCCAAAGUCUUUUUAUAGUCCAAAAUAGAACCUUCCCAUCUUGUAGCUGUCUUAUUUUCAAUAACGAAAAUAUCCUUAGCAACCUUAUCCAAUAAUCUGAAAUCGUGGGAAACAACGACAACACCACCGUUGAAAGCAUUGAUAGCUUCAGCCAAGGAAUCAAUGGUAGCCAAAUCCAAACCGUUAGUAGGUUCAUCCAAUAAGAUCAAGUUUGGAGAUUCUAAAGCCAACAAUGCGAAAACAACUCUUGAUCUUUGACCUUCGGAUAAAGUAGCCAUUUGGGCGGUUUGUCCUUCACCAGUUAAACCAUAACGACCUAAUUGACCUCUCCAGUAUUGGUAAUCUUGAGAAAUGUUAGAGAACUUAUCACGAACAAAUUCUAAUGGAGAUUUGGUUAAGUCUAAUUGAUCAGCAGAAUGUUGGGAGUAAACACCCAAUUUAAUAUGUGUAUGUUUGAUAAUUCUACCCUUUUGUGGGGAUAAUUGACCUUGGAAUAAUUUUAAUAAUGUGGACUUACCAACCCCAUUUGGACCAACAAGAGCAACUCUCGAGUCCAUAUCAAUACCAAUAUCUAAAUGUUCAUACAAGUUAUCUUCCUCGUUACCAGAAUAAGAGAAUGACAUGUCAUCAAAGGCUAAAACUGGAGGAGGUAAUUUUUCAACAUCUGGGAAUCUGAAAGUGAAGACCUUGUCAGGAACAACAGGUUCAAUUAAACCAUCGGCUUCCAUCUUAUCCAAAAUCUUUUGUCUUGAUUUAGCUUGUUUAACUAAAUUAGCAUAAGUACCAGCAGAUGCAAUAAAUUUCUUAAUAUGGGCAAUUUCUUCUUGUUGUUUAUUAUAUUGUUUCAUUUGGUUAGUUUCCAAUUCGGAUCUAGUCUUGACAUAAGAAUCGUAGUUACCACCAUAAAGGGUCAAUUUCUUUAAUCUCAUAUCAAUCAUAUUAGUACAAACCCCGUUUAAGAAAUCUUGGGAGUGAGAAACCAAAAUCAAAAUACGGUCAAAGGUCUUCAAAUAUUCUUCUAACCAAACACAAGCAGAUAAAUCCAAAUGGGCAGUUGGGUCAUCCAACAAAAGUAAAGUUGGUUUAACGAAUAAAGCCUUGGCAAGGGCAACUCUCAUUCUCCAACCCCCAGACAUAUCCUUGGUCAUCUUCUUAAUAGUGGUGGAGUUGAAACCCAAACCGGUUAAAAUAACGGCAGCUCUAGAUUCAAAAGUUGCUGGGUCCAUUUCGUCGAUACGUUCGUAAAUACCGUCUAAAGCUGGGGCUUCAGGACCUUCCUUGACAAUGAUUUCUUCAACCAAGUCUUCCAAUCUCUUCAUUUCAUGUUCAGCUUCUCUAACAACAUAUUCCAAAGCAGAGAAUUCAGUUGGCUCAGCUGGUUCAUUUAAUAAGUAGAUAUCGAUAUGUUCAGGAAUUGGAAAUUCUCUGGCAGCAAUAGAUUUCAAUAAGGUAGAUUUACCACAACCGUUUUCACCCAAUAAACCAUAUCUACGACCAUAAUUCAAUUCCAAAACAGAAUCUUGUAACAAAACUUUACCAUGGAAUAACAAGGAAACAGAAGAUAAUUUAAUAUCUCUAGAAGUUGCUAAAGAUUCCAAAACACCAGUGGUGACUCUGUCAGACAUACCAUGCUCAUCAGUUUGUAAUUUCAACUUGGCAAUUUGAGUGGCAGCAUCAUCAACUUGAACUUCUUCAGCAUCCUUGGCUGCUUGUCUCUUAGUCUUCUUGGUAGUCUUACCUUCAGCAGCUUUUUUAGCUUCUUUUUCUAAACGCUUUUGCUCUCUCUUGGCUUUAGAUGCGGAUACAGACAUUUUUGACAGAUGACUUAGUUAUUCUUGUACAAAAUGUGAAGCAAUGAGUUGUGAGAAUGAAA